AUGUUUAAAUCCUCCUCCUCUCCUCCAUUCGCGCGUUUGCGAGACGACGAGGAUUCCACGCCGACGGCACCUUUUUCCCGAGGCGAGGAAGAAGAUCUUCACGAUCUCGAAAACGACGAAGCCGCCUCGGCGGUGUUCAACUACAGCCCUCGACCAAAAACAGACCGCACGUUCGCGAGAGUGUUCUUACUCAUCACGAGCGCGUGUUUCCUUCUAGGCAUUGUCGUGGUCUCGAACACGAACGCGAAAGCGUUUGCACAAAGAACGAGCGAAGAUGUGCUGUUUAGCACCAACUGCGAAGCGUAUCGCGCGUCGUCGUCAUCACCAACAUCGAGGCUGUUGUUAUCGAACAAAGAUGAGUUUAAGGAUACCAACGACGAUUUGGACGAUGUGUUCGAUGGUGAUGAUUUUUGGCAAUCGUCGCACGCGUGGCUGUUGUUGGCGAUCGUCUCGGCGGUUGCGCUCGGGGUGACGUUUUUGUACGGGUUUCAAUAUCACGCGAGUAAAGCGACCUGGGGGAUUAUUGGGUUUAAACUCCUUUCCAGCUUUUCCUUCUCUUUGUACAUGUUUGCAGAAGGGUUUGUCUUUGGCGGGUGUUUGUUUCUCCUGGUGACUUUGAUUUUAGCGCGCGUCUUUUAUCUCUGGCGAGAGGAAAUCGCGCUCGUCAAUCGGCUUUUACAAACCGCGGCGACGGCGUUGAGCGAUCAGAAACACACGCUGACGGCGACGAUGGGGAUUAACAUGUUCGUUUCUAUGUUUGUGUUCAUCCCGUUUAUCUUUUUCAUGUCGUACGCGUGGAUGCACGGGAAGAUUGGCGCGAAUCGGUUCGCGAUGACGCACCCGAGCGACGGAUCGAAGUGCAUCGAUCGAAGGUCGUACGACGACUACGCAUCAUCCAGAGAUGAAGGCGCGACGGGCGAUAUGAGUGCGUACGUUUAUGAGGUUAAUUGUUGCGAAUGGCAGACGGAUUCGUGGGUGAAACCGUUCGUCGGGUUGCUCUUUUUUUCCUUGCUCUGGACGUCCUCGGUUGCGGUGUGUUUACGAUUGUUCACCAUUGGUGGUUCAACCGCGCAGUGGUACUUUGCGCCCUCUGGAACGACCGCGUUCAAAGGUACGGUGAAACGAUCGUUAUCGCACGGCUUGAAAUCGCAAUUCGGCACCAUCUGUUUUGGAGGUUUGAUCAUGUCAAUCGUCGAUAUGGUUCGAAACAUGUUUGAAAAAGCGCAAAGAGAACACAGAAACAACGCGGCGAUGGCCGCGUUGAUGUGUUGCGUGAACUUGUUGUGGCAAUGUUUCGCCGAGAUUAUUGGAUUUAUUUCCAAGUUUGCCAUCGUGUACGCCGCCAUCUCCGGCGACGCCUUUUGCGACUCUGCGAGAAAAGUCACCACGAUUUUACAAAACAACAUGUUAUCAACCUUUGCGGUGUGGUGGUUGCCUCCGAUGAUUCUCAGGACGACUGCGUUUAUCGUCUCGGUCGUCUUUGGCGUCGUCUUUGGCCUCUCGUCCUCGAAUUACUUCGACGACGAAUCGCGAAGCGUCGAGGUAGUCUUCCUCGGUGUGUUCUGCUUCUUGAUUUCUCUGACUAUUCUGAACUUUUGCCUGACCGUUUUAUUGGAUGUCGUCGACGCGGUGUACUUGUGUUACGCCGUCGACAAAGAUUUACAAAUGUUGACGAAACCGGAGAUUCACGACGUCAUGGACGAAGUCGUCAAGAAGCAAACGAAGAACGCGGGGGGAUUCAAUACGAACAAUAACGCGUUCAACAUCGCGAAUCCGUUUGCUGCCAAUAAUAGAAAUAGUAACAACAACAACUCGAAUAGCAACGAGAUGAGCGCGAUGGCUGGAGCGCCUCAACAACAACAACAACAACAACAACAACAACAACAACAAGUCGUGAUCGGCUAUCCACAGCAAAGAUCUGGACAAGAUCAGCGUCCGACGGGUGCCUCGCACGAGGAUAUCGACGCGGUGUAA